ACUCAGUGAAACAAGCUAACACACUCAGUGAAAAUGAGUUUCGUUUCCUCAAGAUUAAACGGGAGUUGUCACAGAAGAAGGGGCGGGGAAGGAGUCCAUUGCAGUUUUACACUUGUCUAUAGCUCUGAGGGAACCCUCGUUGCCCGGCGGAAGGAGUAAGUGCUGCAGGUGAUGUGAGUAGCUGGGCUGUGGGAAGUAAGUAGCGCAGGAGGCUGACAGACACGGUACAGGGGAGAUACCAUGAGCCGGAGGGGUAAAGCCGCCGCCCCCAUGGGCGCCUUCCACGUCCCCGCAGAAGCACUGGCAAGUGGCGCUAAUCAGAGUUACCCACCUCCCGUAGGAACCUGCACCCUGUGCCGCUCGCCGUGCCCGGUUCCUGUGUUGAUGGUUAACUGCGGGCACCGCUUCUGCCUGCGCUGUCUAGAGAACUUUUGGCAGCGUCUCCCAAACCUAGAGCGUCCCUGUCCUACUUGCACCACGCAAGGUGUGCAGCGCCCCUCCGUGCCACCCCCGGCUAUAUGUGAUGUGUGCCCGGCUCAUGCCCCGUGUGCCGCCCGCUGGAGCUGCCUUACCUGCGGAGAGUCUUACUGCCCAGAGCACUUCCAGCCGCACAUAGGAGAGGAAGGGGGAAGAGACCUCUCUGGGCACCAGGUGUGUGAUGCGGACGGAGAGGAGGCCUGCAGGAUGCGUGAGGUAAUGGGAAGGAGUAGACGGUGCCCGGAACACAGGGAGCGGACAGUGGAGCUGUAUUGUAGGGUGUGUAAGGUGUGUAUCUGCACCCUGUGCCCAUUACUGGGCACCCACCGGACUCACCCAGUCACACUCAUACAGGAGGAGGCACGGCUAGAGAAGAACCAGACAAACAGAUGCCUGGAGCAGCUCGAAGAGAAGAAGAGGCAUGUACUUAGCAAUAUAGAGCAUAUUGAUUUGGCUGCAACUGAACUCAAGGCUUGCACGUUGGCAAGCACAGAAUCGCUGACAGGAAAAUUCUCAGAACUCCGACUGCUACUUGAUGAAGAAGAGAAGUUAUCAAAGAAAUAUAUUGAAGACAAGACAAAGCUUGCCCUCUGGGCGUACGAUGGACAAAUAGAGUCCUGUCGAGAACACAUAACUACUAUUGACACAUUUUCCAGCCAUGUCAGAAGCAUUCAGCAACAGCAUGAUGCUGUUAAAUUGAUAUGGGAAUACACAUCGGCAGAGAAGGACAUGCAAAGACAUAUGUGUCCAGCAGAACAGUUGCACCCAGUUCCUGUAACAUAUGAGCACAUUGAGAAUUACUUUAGCUCAUUCGUAGAAGCCUACAAAUCCUUUUUCAAGAAGCCCCUAGCAAAGCGCUUAAAAAACAAUGUAUUCAGCAGUCUCAGUGUAAAUUCCAGUGAGAAUCCUCGAACGAUGAUCAAAACAAAAUCAUUUGAGGAUAGGUCAUUAUUCUUAAAACAUGCCAGGUGUCCAACAUUAGAUCCUGAUACAAUGCAUCCAAGACUGCGGCUGUUAGAAGAUCGUCUGACAGUAUACUGUGCCUGGAUUGGGAGGUUUAAUUCUGGUCACCCCCAGAGAUUUGAUAAGCUCUUACAAGUGAUGAGCAGGGAUUGUUUUCGCUCAGGCAGUCAUUACUGGGAAAUUGAUCUGCUCCAAGCUGGACAGGGAUGGUGGAUCGGUGUCACUUAUCCAUCCAUCCAGAGAAAAGGUGAUACAGAAUUCAGCCGCCUGGGCUGGAACAGUGGAUCUUGGUGCAUAAAGCGAUAUGCCCAUGAGUACUGGGCAUUUCACAAAGGGGAGAGGACACCCAUACUGCUGCAGUUCCCACCUGAACGAGUUGGUGUUUUUCUGGACUAUGAAGCUGGGGUGCUUUCAUUCUUUGAUGUAACCAGUGGCAUGAGGCUACUGCACACCUUUCGCUGUAGAUUUACAGAACCAGUGUAUCCAGCUCUUCGCCUUUGGGAUGGAACUAUAACUAUGAGCAGACUGAAUUAACAGUGUAUGGUUGCCACAUAUUUUCUGUAGGGACAGAGCAUUGAAAACACAGCCUUCUGGAUAAUAAAUACAGUUUAAUUAUUUGCUUCAUCCUUAGCAAGAGCAACAAAGUAUGAACUGCACAAGUUCCUUUCUCCUCCAGCUAUUCAUUUUAUAUUUUCAUGAAUAAUUACGCAAGAAAAUGUUUUUUUACUAUAUUCUCAACCAAGGAGGUAAUUAGUGUAUACGUGAUUAAUAUUGCUAAUUGAGAACGAUGGAUGGAAAUACUGAGCAAAACUGCACCAUGGUUACGUUAGACAAUCAGUAUACCCCAUGAACUGUAUGAAUGAAAACUUAUUCUACUUGCAGUGUCAUUUAUUUGUUUAUACUAAUGUGACUAAUUAGUUCAGACAGGGAUUCAGCAUAGCACCUGGCAUUUCAAGUACACAGAGGGCCAAAUAGCCCCCACCAGCCCAAUAAAUAGUGACUGUCUCUGGCAUCUUACAGCAGCCCCUCUGGCAUUUGCCAGAAUUGCCAGACCAGGCCUGUGACUAAUGUUUGUUAUACACAGAAUAACUUUGGGGAUAACCAAAGGUUAUUAGGCCCAUUUACUUACUGAGAAAGCCAUGUGUGAUUGUUGCCUGCUUAAGAAUCUGUAAAGCUGUGACAUUUUUUAGAUUAGAAUAAUCAGAUUAGAUUGGAUGUAUUUUUGUUAAAGAAAAAAUGCUUUAAACUGCAUUUUAACUGCCUAAAUAUUUUAUCUAAAACAGGUUUUUGUAUUGUUUUGAUUGCUACUAAGUAGCAAAGGGCUUGCUUAAAGCAUUCCAAUUAGGUACUGGUGAUAAUUAAAUAAUGUCAGUAGGUAUUUUUUUGGGGUGGCACAUUUCCUGAGCACUGUGUAGCAAAUUUACUUGAAAUAACUGGGGUAAAUAUUGAUUUCAAAUCUGUUGCAGUGCAGUAACUUCAAAUGUGGUCAUAUAUAGGCAGCUAGGGAGAGUGUACAAAUAGCCACACAUUGUGGGAUACCUCAUGUUCCAGUCAUUCAUGACAACAGCAAAAAUCACCACAAAGAGGUAAUGACCUUUAAUGCAAAAAACACUUGAAUUACUUAUUUAUAGUUUACCCAGUGUAUUUCAGACCAGGGUGCCCAGAUCACUUGAAAAUUCAGGGACACAUCUAAAAAAUUCAGCUAGCAGGUUUGAACCGAUGGUGUAGUUUAUUUUAAAUAAGAUGGUGUAGUUUAUUUUAAAUUUAAUCAGUGCCCUGCAACAUGUAGUUAUAAGAUGUGUCCCUGAAUGUUUAGGGGAUUUGGUCGCCCUAUUUUAGACCAAAGCAGAUGCUGCUGUACCUCAAAUAUUUUUUUAGUUUCUGCUUUGUGAUAAUACAUCCAGUAGAGGGCAGCAGAUGCCAACAAACACAUAGAAAAUGGAAACUAUAUUUACAUCUCUCCUUCUUUAUACAAGGUGAAACUGUAUAUACUGUAAAACUAAAUAUAACAUUUUGAAUAAUAAAUAGAAGAUAUAGUAAGCAACCUUCCUAUAUGCAUUAUACGUUUCCAUAAAUUUAAAGUUUAAACUGUCAUCUUUUAUUUUAUACACUGGUGAUUCUGACUAUAUGUGUCAUUGAAGCAAUGUCAGAGUAGUCAGAUUGUCAUGUAGCAUGAUUCCAUUUUUCCUGUUCCUUCCAUGUGGCAGUAGGCAGAAAAGGCGUGUUUAGGUUUAAUCCCCCCUGCUGCGUGAAAGUUACAGGGGAUGAUCCAAUAAAAAGAGCUUAUGGCCCCAGUGUGCCGAUCUAAAUUCUUCCCGCUGUGGGUACCACCAUACAAGUGGAGCUGCUUUCUCUCUCCUGCUGAAGCCACCUGGACUGAGGUUUUUACCUUUGGUGAGUCACAGGAGAAGCCAAUGGGCCUGUGGCCUUUUGUUGCCCCUGGUGCAAUAAGUUGCAAUGCCUUCUGUUUGUAAGCAGUGUAUGUGCGAUAAGACACUGACACCAUGCACCCAUUCAAGAUGGCGCUUAUGCUAAUCAGUUUAUGCAGUUCGAUUGUGCAAACUUCCACGUUUGGUUUAAAGGGCCUUUGCACCAACAUUUAAAGCUCGGGGUUAAACUUCUGUUCUGGAUGUUUUCUGAUGUUCUAAACCAUAACAACUGCUAAGGUUGCCAGGUGUAAGUCUAUGCCUAAUAAAAGUGUUUACGUGUUGAGCCUCUGGUUACUUAUUAUCAA